AUGGAUAGUACGCAAGAAAAGCAACUCACUCACUCUGCAGAUUGUGGGCCAAAGGUGAAUAUCUUUUGCUCAGUCCCCGGUUUUGCGGUGCCCUAUCCAGAUAGCAUCAAUGAAAAGGUCAACUCCAGCAACACUAUCUUUAACUGGGGAGGCGUGAAGAUAGCGAAGAUAUCUCCUGAAGUUGUGGUUAAAUUCGGAUCCCACGUCACACUCAGUGAGGCUAAAAGCAUGAUAUUUGUUGAAGAAAACACGGAAACUAUACCGGUGCCAAAAGUCUUCGCUUGCUACUCUUACGGUCCAAUACAACGAGAUAUUGAGGACCAUGGUAGUCUGUAUGAUACUUACAUAUUCAUGAGCUUUGUGGAAGGCCAGAGCCUGGAUAAGGCCUGGGAAACUUAUGACAGUAUCACGAAGAACCAGGUUACCAACCAGCUGAAAGGGUACCUCCGCGAACUUCGCCAGAUUAGCAACAGCAACUACAUAGGCUCGGUUGAUUUUGGCCCCGUCACAGAUCCGAUUUUAGAAAGUCACCACGUCAAAGGACCGUUUGCUUCUGAAGAAGCGUUCAACAACGCAAUUAUCGAUGCAUAUCAAUCCAAGGCACCAAAACGUCAAAUUAAGAACUUCUUGGCUGGUAUGCUUUCCCAGAAAAAACACCAGAUCGUGUUCACGCAUGGAGACCUACGUCUUCAGAAUAUCAUGGUCAAGAAUGGAUACGUCAGUGGGAUUUUGGACUGGGAGUUUAGUGGCUGGUAUCCCGAGUACUGGGAGUUCUCAAAAGCUCUCUAUGUUUGGAAAUGGCAAAACGAUUGGAUUGAAUACCUGAUGCAGGUUCUUGAACCUUAUUAUCCUGAAUAUGCAAUCCACUCGUUCUUGACCGAGACACUAUGGUGA